AUGGCGCGUAAAAUUUGCAACCAUCCGGUGUUCCCCAGUCUUCGUGCGAAGCUCACCGCGCUCAAAAUCACCGUCUGUCCGACCUGCCUCAUACGCAGCCACAUUUUCGAAAUCGCAGAGACACAAGCCGCACUGGAGCGCCGUGGCGGCAUUUUCCUUUCCAGAGCAACUGCUGAGCACGAGACCGUUGGCCGCGGACUGGAGAUGGUUUGCCACAAGGCGCUGGUGAGGAGAUGGAGACUCGAAAAGAUCGACCUGUACCGCGACCUGUGCCACCUGGAAGCGUUGCGCACCGAAGGCGCCGGAAAAACUCGGUGGGAAUUACAGCUUGUAAAAGCUUUCGACUUGUGGCGCGACGUGGAGGUCGAGUGCAGCCGGAUGCCUGGUUACAAGUACAGCAAGGACGACUUCAGCGAUGUUGUUGAUGGUGAGGAGCCAGGCGUCGAGCCGGAGCAGCCCAACUACAGGCUGAACGAAGUGACUCUCGACCGGGAAACCGCCGAAGCUGACGAAGGUUGGGAGACGGUGAAGAAUAAAUCGACGUUAUCGAGACAGAUUCCAACUGGCGUGGUACUACUCGAGCAUCUACAGACCAUCACCGGCGGUGAUAUCGGCAUGAGCGAAACUAAAGGCUUCGAUACAAACCUUGACAUGCAAGACUCUGACGAGGUUGCGCUGCAGGAGAUGGAAAAGGUAACAUCCAGGCUAGAACCGGGCUCGAAUUGGAACAGUUGUGACCGAUACGAUUUACUCGAAGAGAUUGGCGACGCACAAGAUACAAUAUUUCACAGUAUCGUAGACGAUGAUACUUCGUACCUAGUUUCCAAGUGGGAAGGCAGGUCAGCAGAGGUCGCUACCGCCGUCGCACACAAUGUGCUUUCGAAGGCGCCUAUGCAGCCAAUACUGAAGCGGGCCUCCUUCCUCCGAUUGAAUUCCAAGUCGCCAUCACGUAACAAAGUUCACAUAAGCCAUCUUGCGACAGUCUUCUGCGACCCUGGUGGCCUUCGUUCGAAUUGCGACGGCGUUGUAUGCCCGCACUUCUCCUACACCAACUCAAACAGCGCACGGCGACGUCUCAGAUUCUGGCGUAAGUCCUCAACAUAUGAGACUAAGACCUGGGCUGCUCCACAACACUAUAGGAACAUCAACACAAGCCAUUAUAGAGAUGCUUGGGAUGACUACAAGGUCUGGCAAAGGCUCUGCGAUGGUUACGACCAUAAGUGGGGCGAAGAUCAGGCCUCAGAGUGUGCGCCUAACCUGGCUGGUGCUAACAACAAUCUUGACGGAGCGAGUUGUGCUGCGAAAACGUCUGAGGGACAGGAACGUGACGAAGAGGGAUCGACAGAAGGAAGGUAUGAAGGGAUGGCUAGCAAAAUCUCGUCUGGCGGCCUUGCAAAGUGUCUGUACUAA